AACCGUUAUUUAAAGGAUUAAACAUAUAUUGCAAGGAUUAAAUUUUGCUACAAACGGCUUGCCAUAGUACACUGCGUCAGAUUUCACCGGAAACCGCUAACGCUUGAUGGGUUAAAACCCAACGAAAAGCCGCGAAUGUGUUCGGAGCAUAUAUGUCAAAUCUGGAAAAGUUAGGUGUUAUGCUGUCGAAAGUGGCGAGAGACGAGACGGAGUACAAUCCUCCCAAGAAAAAAGCCAAAUCGCUUGGUUAUUCAGCUGAGUGGAAAUUAUGGUAAGCUUCUUUCAGUUAUCAUGUCUUCGCGAUACAAAAAGAACAAAACAAAACCGCUUAUUUUUUUAUUUAAACCUGUAAAUAAAGUCGUUCACAUCAUUCGUAGGUUAAUGGCUAAUUAUGUAUACCAAGAGGGUGCUGUGACGCCUAUACAGGAUAUCAUCGACCACGCAGAGCAAAGUAAGGUGAACACUAAUAGCGGAUCACAUUUGAGUUAUACGUCGUUGGGUCUUCUUGUACACGAUGUUUGGCUUGGUUCAAUUCAAAAAGUAAAGAGAGGUCCACGUAAACAACAACGGAAUGUUUAUUUAAAUCUAAGUAGAAAUGACCCAGCACCGAAACAACAUCAAGAUUGCAUUUCGCUAUCAGGUAAACUGGCUGGUAUAAGCAUUCCAAGUGACUGGAAAAUGAUGACCGACAAAACUAACUUUGUAUCCUUUGUUCGCCCAGAAAAAUGGGAGUUCAACAACGUUAGAGCGGUAACUGAAGUGGUCGUGUCCAAAACUGUCAAUUCAGACAACGCUUUUAUCACCAUCAAGGCUCAUGGAUACCAAAAGGAUUUAAGUGAUGUCCCCGGUCUUUCCUCAUUGUCCGUUCAAGGUCAAGAUAGUCUGGCUUUGGAGUACAUCCAAAAAUCCUCUUUUUGCGAUGGGUUUGCCCUUCCCGAAGGAGAAAGUAUUCAAGCCUUUGUGCAACAUGUGUCAGGGUUGUACAACGACCUGUCAAAUGAUGGCCAAGACAACAUCAAUUUGGUGUUCUCUUCAAAGUGCAAAAUUUUUAGCGUUACCGGGGCUCGCUUCUCAGAGUGCAACAAAGUAUUCAAAAUGCAAAACUUCAAGAGGCAGCGCAAGGAAAAACGCAUCGGGAUUAACCCUAAAUGUACCAAACGAUAUUUGUCUAAGGAGGAAGUUGUCCUUCAACUAAAACAAGAAAGGAGCAACAGGAUUAAUGCGGAGAGGAGAGAGAAGUAGUGGAGAGACAAAUUCGAGAA